AUGGCAACUAAGGCACUUGGUAACAAUCACUGGCUCAUGCUGAAUACCAUGGCCUCGCCCUGCCCAACGGCCUUUAACACCACCCAAUACUUCCUCAUCCCUGUCUACUCUGUGGUAGUGGGGGCUGGCUUGCCGCUGAACUGCCUGGCACUUUGGAUCCUGGUAUCCCAGAUAAACAAGUCCAUCAUCCUCUCUGUCUAUAUGCUGAACCUGGGGGUAGCUGACCUGCUGCAGACCCUGAUGCUGCCCUUCUGGAUCUACUACAGCUACUGGGAUCACAACUGGGAUUUAGGGUCCGGGGCCUGCGUGGCAGUCAGCCUGGGCUUUAUCACCAACUUCUACGCCAAGAAUGGCUUCCUCUGCCUCAUUGCCAUGGAGCGCUACAUAGGGAUACUGCGGAAGGAGCCAGAAGCAGGGCGCUGCUAUGAGGGUUACCCACUGGGCACGUACUAUGCAAGUUUUAAGAUGGCCACCAUGGCUUUGUCCUUCUUCCUACCCUGCUUCUUCAUGGGCUUCUUCUACCUCCGGAUCCUGCACAAGCUCAGGCAGCUGCCAUCGCUGGAGCAGGAGACAAAGAGGCAAAUCUACAGCUUCAUCUCCCUCAUCAACAUCUGUUUCUUCCUGCUUUGUGUUACUUACCAGGUGACUUCCUUCUACAAAUACCAGAGGGAGAUGGUUCAGAACAAUGAAGGUCUCUGCCUCUUUGAGACAAACCUCUUCAUUUACAGUCAGGCAGCACUGUGCCUCACCACUCUGGGCAGUGACCUGGAUCCUCUGCUGUACAUCCUGCUCCUCAAAGACAUGCGGACAGAACUCGGAAAUCACUUAAAAUGCAAUGUCUUGGGUCAGGGUCAAAAGUAG